AUGGCUUCGUCAUCUGCAUCAUUUACUACAUCUGCUGUGGCUCCAACCACUCAUCAUCCACAACAACAACCAUCACAACAACGACAGCAUUAUGUCACCGCGACUAAUCCAUCAGCAGCAGCUGUUGCUGCCGCGGCUGCUGCUAAUCAACAUCAUCCACAACAUGCAGCAGCAGCCGCUGCAUUCUAUCCUACAACAUACGAUCCCUAUACUGUAGCAGCUGCUUCUGAUUUAUACUCUCCCUUUCAUACCGCAAAGCAACAACAAGCACCUCAUCAACCACAACAACCACUUUACAUGGACCACAUGCAGUUCCAUCCACAACCAAACAAUCCUAAUGGCUCAAAUGUCCCAUCUAAUAAUGCCACUUCACAGCAACAUGAUGCCGCUGCUGCCGCUGCUGCUGCUGCAGCAGCAGCUGCUUCUGAUCUUUCGGGUGGGCCAUCUUUACCUCCAUUGUCGCAGCUUUUACCAUCGGACAAGAAACAACAACGUCAACAACAUGGCCAUUUACCUACAAGCAGUACGGUGGUGAGUUCAAGUAUGGCAGCACCUACCAUCCCUGUUUCAUCUCAAAGCAGCAACAAUAAUGGCAGAAGCAACAACAUGAUCUACCCGCCUUCAGCUGACUAUUCCGAAAGUGGUCGAUACAUGUUGCAAAAUGAUGUUGUAGGUGCUGCUGGUUAUGCACAUCAUCAUCAUUAUCCAGCCACAGCUCCUGUUGUACCAUCUUCCACAAUGGAUCCAUACGCAGCAGCAGCAGCAGCAGCUGCAUCCGUUUCUGGUUAUCCACCACAACCACAACCACCCCAUCAUACACGAGGUCCAACAUUACCAUCACCGCCGCCAUCGGUAGUUGAUAGUGUGUCACCCCGUCAUCAUCAACAAUUCCAACACCAUCAGCCACAACAAAAGGUGUUUGCAUUUGUUUCGCUUCCUGGUAUUAACCAAAAGAAGCGACCACGCCGAAAGUAUCACGAGAUUGAGCGACUUUAUCAUUGUAACUUUCCUGGAUGCAACAAGGCUUAUGGUACAUUGAACCACUUGAAUGCACACGUGUGUAUGCAACAACAUGGACCCAAGCGUCAUCCAUCCGAAUUUAAGGAACUAAGAAAACAAUGGCGUAAACAAAAACGUGAACAGCAGGCUGCAAACAAGGCGGCUGCAGGGUCGACGGCAUCAUCACCAUCCACCACUGCAUCAUCGACACCGGCAGUAUCCGAUAACAAUGCUUCUCCUAGUAAUACGGCAAUGGCCGCACCUUUGACAAUGCCAUCCAACCAUCAACCAUCUGCAUUAUUGCAUCACCAUCAACCAGGAGCACCUUCGAUCAUAUCGCAUCAUCAGCAACAGGAUUUGCUACCACCCAGCAGUUCGACUCAUGCACCUUAUCAUGAACUUGCUGGUACACUUUAUUGA